GCUCCCCAUGCUCUGGUAAAGAGGCUGAAUGUCUGCAGGACAUGCUUAACGUUUGUCUUUCUAUGUUCUUCGACUAACGACCAGCGGGGUUGGCACAUAGAUGCACAGAGACUGGCCUAUUGCUCCACUCAGGAGCUCUCGAUAACAGAAAUCCAAAGCAGAUUUACCACAGGUGCAUACGAGUUAUAUGUUGAGCAGUUUAGGUGUUGUUGCAUUUAGCUAUAGCGAGGUCUUUUUUAGUUUGACAACUAUUUUUUUUAGCAUUACCUUUGUGCUUUUACUCUUUUUUUAACACAAUCAUUUAUUGUGGAGAAACAGCAUCUAAUUUGUGUUGACCUUUUAUCCCUCCAUUGUUUAGAAGUUGCUAUUUGACCUUUUGCCACCAUGUGGGAGUUCAGGUCCAUGUCCUUCUGGCGGGCUGUGUUUGCCGAGUUCUAUGGUACCAUGUUCUUUGUAUUCUUUGGGCUGGGGGCAGCCCUCCGCUGGACCACUGGGCCCCACAAUGUUCUCCAUGUUGCCUUUUGCUUUGGGCUGGCGGCUGCCACCCUGAUCCAGUCCAUUGGCCACAUCAGUGGAGGACACAUCAACCCAGCUGUUACCUUUGCCUACCUGAUUGGCUCCCAGAUGUCUCUGUUCCGUGCUUUCUUCUACAUCGUGGCCCAGUGUCUUGGAGCACUGGCUGGUGCUGCCGUGCUGUAUGGGGUCACGCCCACCAACAUGAGAGGAAACCUAGCCCUCAACACGCUGCAGCCUGGCAUCAGCCUGGGCAUGGCCACCACCAUGGAGGUCUUCCUCACCCUGCAGCUUGUCGUCUGCAUCUUUGCUGUGACUGAUGAGAGGCGCAAUGGACGCCUGGGCUCUGCUGCCCUUGCCAUCGGUUUCUCUGUGCUCAUGGGGCAUCUUCUCGGGAUGUACUACACUGGAGCAGGAAUGAACCCAGCCAGGUCCUUUGCCCCUGCUGUCCUGGUCAGGAAUUUUACCAACCACUGGGUCUUCUGGGUGGGACCCAUGAUUGGUGGUGCCUUGGGCGCUGUGCUGUACGACUUCAUACUGUUCCCCCGUGUGCGCAGCCUCUCUGAGAGGCUCGCCACACUGAAGGGCAUCCGGACCCCAGAGGCUGAGGCCCAGCAGGAGGCCAGGGGAGACCCGAUCGAGCUCAAGACACAGGCCCUAUAAGCCUGAAGAAGAUUAGCUUUCUGACACCCCCACCCCUCAAUCUGCACCCUCAGUUCCCGGUCCAUCCUCAACCAACCCGGCCGUUCUGUGCUCAUACCUCCUCUCCGCAUCCACACAUGCUAACACAGAUUCCAAACACCUUUGCUAUCCUUGAUCUGCAUCCAGAACUGGACUAACUGAAUUGCAGGGAAGGGGAACCCAGAGCCCCGACCAUCUCGCCUGAUUUCACUUCUAUCCAACCUUCCUCCUCCUCUUCCUCCCUGUUGGACUGCAGGAUAAAGAUGGAGGGUUAGAAGAAGACUUGACCCUGAAGAAAGCACCCUGUGCCCUGCGGUGUGGGGAGUCCGUCACUCCUGGCUGACCAAGUGGCUAUAACUGCUCAGGACAUGGGCUUCUGUCGCUAUCCUUCUUUCACUUUCUCUAUCUUUCUGUUUUUCUCCCUAAUCUGUAGUCCGCUCGGAGUGAAACUACAGUAGAGCACUGGAUUCCUGCAUGCUUUUCCAUUUGGAUCUCGCCCUUUGUUUAGCUUUGUUUAAUGAACUUGGGUAAAUUACAUGUCCGUAUUGUAUUUAACAGUAUUUAUUUGGCUCACAUUCUUUUUGUUGUUGUUGAAUGUGUGUUUGUGUGAGACAGAGUGGGUGUGCAUGCAUGUCUCUGUGCAUGUGUGUGCAUGUGUGCUUGUUUUAAUUCAUCAUUUUAAUUUUUCUCUUUUCAUUGCCACAAUCCUUUGUCUGUAUCAUUACUUUUUAUUAAUCAUACAAACAGAUGUGGCCUUUUCCACACCCUUACUGGGACUGCAAAAGUUCAACAGAUUCCAUGUUUAGAGCGAUCCCUCUUUUAUAUCAGAUGAACAUAAUGUAUGCCUUCGAGUCAAAUCUUAAUGCCAAAUUCAUUCAGUUUAGAGAUGGUGUCUCAUAUUGUGACGCGCACACAUUCAUAUUCAUAUUAAAAUAAACCCAAAACUAUCUGGUCGUUUCUGAGCUCAGUCUUCAUUGAAGUUACAAUCGCAGACACUUGAAAUGGUAAAAACUGUUUUUCUGCAGUUUAGAUAACUUAUACAGUAUUUGUGUUGGGUUACAUUUGUAUUUACUUUUCUGACAUGAGCUUUCCUUUUAGAGCAGCGCUCAUCACAGAUUCAUGUACAGGUGUGUGAUAGUUGGUUUGCUUUUAGAUUUGCAUGUCUGCCAUGGAAAAACAAAGAAAGCAAACCUGACAAGAUGUCAUGAGGAACAAGCGUUUUCUCGUGAGUUGUGUUGUUUGACACAACUCGAAGUUAGAAAUGAAAGUGCAUGAGGUGUGGUGGCUUGUUGCUGGUGUUGGCAAACACCUGGUGCCUUCUCCUCUGCGCUGAGCUUUCCGACAAGCCCCCCUCUGAUACUUGGGAGAAGAGAGAAGGUCACCGUGAGGUUUAGUGUGUUUGUACAGGGUGAUAAAUGUACAACUUUUUUUUCAUACAAUCUAAACAAGAGAUAAUAAACUUUGAAGUUCUA